AUGGCUGCUACGGGGCCCACCGGCUCUCCAAAGCGGAAAAUUCCCAAGCUCGAUCUUGCUCAGAUAUCGCUCAACCUCCAAGAUCGUCUGGGUCUGGCAAAGGUCCGCUAUGAACGAACCCAUCGCCGUCGAAUCGAACCGUUACAACCGCUACAGCAAGUUGUGGUAAGCGGCCCUAGUGAAGGGGAAGUGAUAUCAGAUUCUUCGUCGGAAAUAUGUGACAACAACCGCUACGAAACCCCUUUUUCUCCGUCCCCGCUUCCAACCCCAAUCCUAUCUGAGGAGCUCCCGAGAUCUUCGCGGAGCAAACAUGCCGCAAUGUUCUUCCCCAGCUCCCUUGACACCAAUGGAGGCGGAUCACGGAAACGCGGACUUUCCAGUCCUACUACAGAGCAACCUUCAAAGGCCCUACGGAUCUCAUCGUGGAAGGCCACCAACCGUCAGCCUCAAUCGUCACCAAUCCUCAACUGUCAAAGCACCGCAUACCAAAACAAUCUCCUUGGUCACCACAAGCGCCAUUCCAUCGCUGUCAACGAGUCCAUGCAGCAACCCAUCAGCUCUUCGAUGAUCAGCUCCUCCCCACCUCGCACUCCCCCUCCGAAACGCAACCGCACUGUGGCACGUAAUGACAAAGAUAUCGAAAAAGAAAAUGGCGAAAAUGGCGUAGACCUAUUGCUCUACCUAGCGAAUUCUCCCACUCCAGCAAAUUACCGUGGGAGUGGAAAAUUCAGCAACAUACUAGAUUUCCCCCCCUCAACCCCUCCCAGUCAACACGCCGCACUCCUCCCUUCAUUGACAACAACACCAGGCGGUGGUGUAACCGCCAACUUCGGUUCGCCAGCUCAGCAAUUCAACUUUGCAGACUUUGUCAAUGUCACCCCUAGUCCCGCACAGGUACCAUGGGGCGGACGCACGCCAGGUACUCUAUCUUCCAGAACACCACGGCCUUCAAAGGAGUUGAGGAAACGGCUUAACUUUGACGGGUUGAUUCCUCCGUCUGCGGGGAGCCCGUCGAUGAUGACGACGACGACACGAGAGAAAAGGGUUGGUGGCGGAGUGCCUUUGCAGUUGGGAGAAGAGUUGAGACCUUGA